UGUGAGGUCAAGGGUUACCGCUCGGGAGGUCUUUGAACUUUGUCACCCAUCUCCGAUAUCACGGACAGGGACGUCGUUAUGAAAUAAAACGACCACACAGAGACUUGUUUUGUCCAGAAGAACGUAACAUUUUCCAUGGCUUGGCCGUGGGAUGGGCUCUAGAUAUUCCAGAAACAGCAGGAGACCGACACCGAUGGAAGAAGAUCCCGAGGUUCGCGCAGGGACGAGCCAGGAGACUGGGGAGGUGGAAGGGGAGCUGGAGGCUGAUGAGGAGGGGGUUGGCUCCGGGCCCGACUCCGGCGAUGACUCAGAUUCUGGAGAUUUUGACCUGGCGCAAGUCCUGGCUCUGCUACUGAGGAGGUGCAAGUGGUGUAACUGUCUAGCACGUUGUCGUUGUGUUUCCAGUGGGCAGGUGCGACUUAUCCAGACGCGAGGUUCAGGUAUAGCACUCCUUCGCUCUUCCGACAGUGACGAAGACGACCCCACCUCGUGUUCCGAGGCAUGCUGCCCCGAAGGUGACAGCCAGCCUGAUACAAAGACCUUAGAUGACAGUGACUUCAAACAGGAGGUGUUGUUAGCAACAGCGAGGGCACAGUCCUUCAGUCCACCACAGGCAUGCAUCACUCGGAUGCUGAAACAGAGAGAAGUUGGUCUUCCCAAGAGGUGUGAUGGCUUCACCAGUGGACAGUGUUCAUGGAUUGGGUCCAGUUUUGUACCCAACUCCAUGCGGGCCGUGGCUCAAUACAGACACAAGGCAUUCUGUGGACAGUACUCACUGGAUGGUUCAGUCUUCCUUUCUGCUUGCCAAGAUCAGAAUAUCAGGUUAUACAAUGUAGCCAAUGGGAAGUUCCAAGAGUUCCGAACGAUACGGGCGAGAGACGUGGGUUGGAGCGUCCUGGACACAGCCUUCAGUCCAGACGGCUGCUACCUGAUAUACUCUAGCUGGUCUGAUGCAAUCCACCUAUGCAACAUCUAUGGAGACUAUGAGACACACAUAGCCUUGGACCUGAAUCCCAGUGAGCGGCGGUUCUGUAUCUUCUCCCUAACGUUCUCCAGUGAUAAUAAGGAAGUACUCGGGGGGGCCAAUGAUGGGUGUUUGUACAUCUAUGACAGAGAAAGAAAUGAACGGACAUUACGGAUUGAGAGCCAUGAGGAUGAUGUGAAUGCCGUAGCGUACGCUGACGACAGCUCACAGAUCCUGUACUCCGGUGGCGAUGACGGGCUGUGUCGUGUGUGGGACAGGAGAAUGUUGAGCGAGAACAACCCUAACGCCGUGGGGACCCUCGCAGGGCACUCAGACGGGAUCACGUUUAUUGACUCUAAAUCGGAUGCUCGACAUCUGAUCUCCAACUCUAAGGACCAGACCAUCAAACUGUGGGACGUCAGGAAGUUCUCCCCUCCUGAGGGGUUAGAGGCUUCCAGAAGAGCCGUGGCUAAUCAGAACUGGGACUACAGGUGGCAGCCAGUGCCUAAAAGAGUUCGGACGAGCAGUGCCAGGCUGGCCGGUGACACGUCCCUGAUGACCUACCGGGGACACGGUGUCCUCCACACCUUGGUCAGGUGUCGCUUCUCACCUGUACACACCACAGGACAGAGGUUCAUCUACAGCGGCUGUUCAACUGGGAGUGUUGUUGUAUAUGAUGUCCUGACUGGGAAGAUAGUGGAGAAAUUGAGGGGACAUAAGGCCUGUGUGAGGGACGUGUCCUGGCAUCCCUACGAACCCAAAAUCAUGAGCACAGGGUGGGAUGGUGUACUCGGGCUCUGGGAGUGGAGACGCAGGAUCCAUGAUCCGCUGGACGACUCCGACUCAGAUGAGCUGUGGGAAGAUGAGGAGGAGGAGGACAGGAAGAGGAGGAAGAGAUCGCCGCGAAAGGACGGCAAACGUCACGCACUGUCCAACCUCCCGUCCAGUAUCAUGGGGGAGGUUGUGUAGUGAUGUUGUUUUUUUGUCUUUUGCCCCAUUUCUUCUGGAUAAUACAAACUAGCACCUGAAGGGAGAGUCUGCAAGACUUGUGCCUAUUUCUCUUUCAAUUCUCUCUCUCAUUCUUUCUUUCCCUGUCAAAUCUGUGUGUGUGUGUGAAGUUUCAAAAUUGUUGCAAAUUGGAGUUUUAUCUAAUUUUGCUGUUUGAUUAAGUUGGGCAAAACUCUUGUGGACUCAACCUUCAAAUAUUUAAAAUGCACUCAUCAGAUAUAUAUACAGAGUUUGACUUAUAUUAUACGUAACUAUUGAAAGCUGCUCUCAGUUAUAUUUUCUUUGAUUGUACAUGCCGUGGUAUGAUUAACUGUCCCGUGGUAUGAUUAACUAGGUCUCACAUAGAUUAAAGAACUCAUCAUACUGGCCAUGCAAGUAGUGGUGAGUCACAUUGCACAGUCAGCCAUAGAAAAAGCUUGUGCCUCAUUAGAGGACAGCUGAUUUACUUUUCAGUGCACUGCAUUUUUGUCACACAAGGGCUGUCUGUGGGAGGGUAAGGUAGUUCUAGGCCUUUUGGGGUGAAUUUGUUUUACUGUAAUCCGAAUCCUGUAAUAAACAGUAGACUUAGGCAUAUAUGUCUAAUAUGUGUAUGAGGUUGAGGUAGAAUGAAGAACCUUAAGGGUGGGGGUGGGGGGCAUCACCUUGUGAAAUCUGUAUCGGUAUAGCCGGUAAGAGAUGAAGAAGUACCUCACAAUUCAGUGAAAAGUAAAGCUUGUUGAACUGAUGUGGAGAAGGAUCCUAAGUAUGUGGAAGACCACUAGUGUAUGGGUGGAGCUGGAGCUGUUAAUUC